UUCAACGACUCAUUUGAACGACACUAAUGGAAACGCGGCUGAGGGGAAAGUAGCAGAAAAUUUGAAUAACUGUCACCGGCUAAGGUAGGAUUCAAGUGGACUGUACACAGGAAGGAGUAAACUUGAUGGUCCUACAUGGCUGCCCCAACGUUACAACAGCCCAGUUUCCUACUGGCCAACCUCAAAGCCGAUGCGACCACCAAACCUCUCCUGCAGCGAUGCCAAGAUCUGGUGAAGAUCAUUGAUGACUAUCCUGCAAAGGAGCUGCACUUGAUUUUCCCCUGGCUGGUGGAGAGUGUGUUCGGCAGCCUGGACGGCAUCAUCGCAGGCUGGAACCUGCGACUCCUGCACUCAAGGAGCAAUGAGUACAACAUCGUUAUGGACUUCCUAAACCCCAGUGGGCCAAUGAUGAAACUCGUGUAUAAACUUCAAGCAGAGGAGUACAAAUAUGAAAUACCUGUCAAUUAUCUGCCGGGUCCUGUCAAGGCCUGCAUCCAGGAAGGAGUUCUCCCAGACUGUCCGCUGUUCCACAACAAGCUGCAGUUCCCCCUGUCCGGCCUGCUGUCCCUGAACCUCGCUCUCAAUCCGUUUGAAUUCUUCAUGUUCAAUUUUGCCUUCUGUCUCAUCACGCCAAAGAUCUACCCCCAAGGCCAACAUGGAAGCUCCACAGACAGCGCCUACUUUGUUCUGGUGGACACUUACCUGAAAUACUUCCUCCCCAGUGAAGGAAGUGUGCCUCCUUCUCCUUUCUCCGACUCCAGAGGCUCCGUCACUGCUCCGUCGCCAAGAUCUUCCAGCGUGACCUUUGCUGGUUAUGGCGUUCACAGCCCCAGUCUCCUGAAACAUCACAUAUUCCACCAGCCCUCAGUCAACGCUGACCCCGCAGCCCAGGAAAUCUGGAGGUCCGAAACACUGUUACAGAUGUUUGUGGAGAUCUGGCUCCAUCACUACUCCCUGGACAUGUACCAGAAGCUGCAGUCUCCUCAGGUGAAGCUGGCGCUGCUGCAGUACCGCCUCAGUAUGUCCAGCAUGCCGUGCCAACCCCACGCCCCACCAGGCUCUGGGACCCUCCACACCUACCAAGAGCCCUUCACCCCGACAGAGGAGCACGUGCUGGUGGUGCGUCUCCUGGUGAAACAUCUGCACGCCUUCUCCAACAGCCUGAAGCCCGAGCAGCUGUCGUCCUCGCCGUCGGCCCACUCGCACACUCACACCAGCCCCCUGGAGGAGUUUAAGAGAGUGGUGGUGCAGCGUUUCGUUCAGCAGAAACUCUACCUGUUUCUUCAGCAUUGCUUCAGUCACUGGCCUCUAGACGCCUCUUUCAGAGCGGUGUUGGAGACGUGGCUGAGCUACAUCCAGCCGUGGAGAUACACAGGGGAGAAGACCAAUCCUCAGCCAGACCAGAACAGAACGGUACCGGAGAAAUGGGAGUCGUUUGUUCAGGAGAACCUGCUCAUGUACACGAAGCUCUUCCAGGUCUUUUUGAACAGAGCGGUGAGAACAGAUCUGGUCAACGCCAAAAAUGCACUGAUGGUCUUCAGGGUGGCCAAAGUCUUCGCUCAGCCCAACCUCGCAGAUAUGAUCCAGAAAGGUGAGCAGUUGUUUCUGGAGCCUGAGCACGUCCUCCACCACCGUCAGCCCCGCGGCUACCUGACGCCGAGCCAAGGAGGCAGCUACCUGUCGUCGCGGCAGAAGGUGGUGACGGACAUGGUGUUCAGGGUGAAGAGCCACGUCUACGCCCUGGAAGGCCAGGACUGUCAGUACAAGCAGAUGUUUGGCACCGAGCUCAGGGGAGCAGUGAUGAAGUUAAUCCAGAUCAUCGCACAAGCCAGACAGACAGCCAAGAGGAUAUCGGACCACUCCAGUGAGGUGGCGGCCAAUACCUCCUUCCUGUCCUGGUUUGGUCUGGGCUCCUCCGAUCUCAACAACACCUUCUCCGGGGCCGAGCCAGAGGAGAGCGGGGAGUGUCUGAAAAAGACCCACGAGUUUCUGGACAGAGCUUUGGAGAACCUGUGUCAGAUCUUCAAGCUGACCCAGGGGCAGCUGACUCAGCUCAUAUCAAACCUGGGUUCUUCCCAGGAUGACGGCAACUCCAAGCAGCUGCCCGACUGCAUCCAAGGAGAGACGGGACUUAUCCUAACUGACCUGGGCAGGAGGCAGAUCAUGAAUGGACUGCGCAGGUUUGACAUCCAGUAUCAAGGAGACCCGGAGCUCCAGCCCAUUAGGAGCUAUGAGAGCGCCCUGCUGGUCAGGCUGUUCUACAGGAUCUCCUCUCUGGUCAAUGACAAGUUCGGGGGGCACAUGAAUGCGCUCUGCUCACGUCCAGACUUCCUGGGUCGCCUGGGUCGUCGCUACCUGACAGAUCACGAUUCCAGCACAAAACUAAAGCACAGCCCGCUGUCCCGGCGCGGACUAGAGAGGAACCGCCUGCCUCGGCUGAGCCUGCGCCCGCUGGCGAGCUACAGGACGAUGCUGCUGCUGCUGCUCCUCUACGUGUUCGGAGCCCUCAUGUCGUUUGGUCCCGUAUCCAGCACUGUGGUCAUCCUCGCAGGCGGGCUCCUGUAUGGACUCGUGAUGACGUUGUUUGGAGACAAACUGAAAACACACUAGCUGAGCUGAAGGCUUCCUACGCAUCUGGAAAUAAAAACAAAAAACACACAUGAUCAAUUUGAUCAAUUCCAGCUUUGAAUGUUUGGCUAAAAAUGUGUGAAUACCAACGACGCAAGUGUCGAGUAGUCCCAUGCAACGUAUGAUGAAUAAUGUAGUGAACUGUUGAUCAAGGGCAACUAACAAUUACUUUCAUGAUUGAUUAAUCUGCCAGUUGUUACUUGAUUAAUUGUUUGGCCUGUAUUACAUCAGAAAACAGUUUAAAAAUGCCAAAUAUAAUUUCCUAAAGCCAGGAGUGAUGUCAUCAAACGUCCCAUUUUGUCCGAUCAACAAUUUACUGCGACGUAAAGAAAACACAUUUGCGUAUCUUAAAAAGCACAGCGUGUGGUUCUUUUUAUUUCACUUAAAUUAAUCAGUUGCCAAUAAAGUUUCAUUCAGUUGACUAAUUGAUUAAUCAGGUGAUCGUUGCAGGUGUUUAUUGAUCCCUGUAAAGAAAUAGAAUAGUGUGUGUCCAUCCACAGUGAUGUCACUCAAUGAUUGAAAAGCCAUAUCGUCUUGUGUUUCUGAACAUAGAGAGAAAGUGGUUUUCUUAAAGGACAGUAUUUUGAAUUGGGGGGGGGUGUAGGGAACCUGUUGGCAGCAGAGUGAAAAUGAAACUGGCAGCUCUUUUGUUGUUGCUUUAGAUAUGAAUCCUUUACUGUCUCAGAUGUGGUUCAUCCCUUUGUAAGGCCUUUUUUUUUUUUUUUCAACAAGCAUCUGGAAGCAGGUGCAAUUCAAAAAUAUUUAAAGUGCGUUAAUCGAUUGACUAUUUUUCUCACUGAGAGCAGAAUGCAUUUUUGUCCA